UGCCGCGAAGGCGUCUGGGAAAUGCAGUUCCGGAUGGGUACGGCCUGAGCGGUAGUUGGGAAGUCAGUGGCGCCUGCGCAGGCGUCUACUGAUUGCAAGGGGAAGGAUGCGCGCGCAGCGCCUCCAGCCCAAGCGGAAGUUUCUCCUGGACAACUAAGAAGGCCACUGUGGAGAUGGAGUUUCCAGCUCACUGAAACCAGGGACCGGACCGUAACCCCAUAAGCAUGAUCUCCUUCUGUCCAGAGUGUGGCAAAAAUAUCGAAGCAGCUUUCAAAUUCUGCCCCUACUGUGGAAAACCUCUGCCUACAGACGAGCGUACACAGUCCCCAACCUGUGCCAGGCAACUCGUGUCAUCCUUUCGAGGCUCAAAGAGAGAGCGAAACUCCAGCUUUGAAAUCUCCCCCAAGAAAGUGAAAUGGUCAAACAUUGUCAUCUCUUCCCAGUCGUCCCUCCUCUCCGAUGGUCACAGUCCUGAGUCUGAAGGUGCUGGAAGCUCUUGUGAGAAACCCAAAGGGUCCAGGAGUGGACCCCCAACCCCUAAAAGCAGCCCACAGUCCAUCAGGCGAAGCCCUCAGACGCUGAAGCGGAGCCGUGUGACCACUUGCCUCGAGGCUUUGCCCUCGGGGACAGAGCUGACAGACAAGAACAGGCAACGCUGGAGGCUGGGAGCCCUGCAGUCCCGAGAUGACCAAGGCAUUCUCUACGAAGCCGAAUCCGCCUCUGUCCUCCCCUGCGAGUCAAGGUCUCAGAAGUACCGGUUCUCCCUCAAACUGGAUGCCAAAGAUGGGCGACUGUUCAAUGAGCAGAACUUUUUCCAGCGGGCCGCCAAGCCUCUGCAAGUGAACAAGUGGAAGAAGCUGUACUCCACCCCGCUGCUGGCCAUCCCCACCUGUAUCGGGUUCGGUGUUCACCAGGACAAGUACAGGUUCUUGGUGUUCCCCAGGCUGGGGAGGAGCCUGCAGUCGGCCCUGGAUAAGAGCCCGAAGUGUGUGAUUUCGGAGAAGUGUGUAUUCCAGGUGGCCUGCCGGCUGCUGGAUGCCCUGGAGUUCCUCCAUGAAAAUGAGUAUGUUCAUGGAAAUCUGACGGCAGAGAAUGUCUUUGUGGACCCAGAGAAUCUGAGCCAAGUGACCUUGGUAGGCUACGGCUUCUCCUUCCGCUACUGCCCAGGUGGCAGACACGUGGCCUACAUGGAAGGCAGCAGGAGCCCACAUGAGGGGGACCUUGAGCUCAUUAGCCUGGACCUGCACAGAGGAUGUGGGCCCUCCCGCCGCAGUGACCUCCAGUCCCUUGGCUACUGUAUGCUGAAGUGGCUUUUUGGGUCCCUGCCAUGGACAAAGUGCCUUCCCAACACCGAGGAGAUCAUGAAGCAGAAGCAGAAGUAUCUCGACAGCCCAGAGCUGUUCAUGGGACUGUACGGUCACUGCAGCCGGCCCUCAGAGACCCUGCAGCAGUACCUGAAGGUGGUGAUGGCCCUCAAGUUUGAGGAGAAGCCACCGUACGCCCUGCUGAGGAACCAUCUAGAAACCCUGCUGCAGGACCUGCAGGUGUCAGCUUAUGACCCCCUCAACCUCCAGAUGGUGCCAUAGAAGUUUCAACCUGCAGUUUGAAAUAGAAACAAAAAAGAAGCAACGUGAGUCAAGGCCUGCUGUUUAAUCACAGAUGAGAUUCUAGAAAAGUCCCCGGAAUGUGCAUCCCCGCCCCUUCUACUUCAGGAACCCCCGGAUAAUGUGAAGCUCCUCUGCCCCUCACCAAGACCCUCCUGGUCCCACUGUGCUUUAGUAAUAAAUUUUGACCAUUCAGUCUUA